AUGUUUUCAGGUGAUAAUUUCGAUCUGAAUGUUGAAGUGCGAAGUAAACCACUGGCAAAUGGGGAGCUGUAUGACCGCUUAACUUUCAAUCUAAUUGGGUACAACGAACAAGAGGUUCGGGCUGCAGCAGUGACGCGAAUGACAGCAUACACCUUUAAAGAAACAGCUAGUGAGCUACGUGGUCGUUUUGCCCGCACUGGCCCGGCAGGAACUUCGACAAACUUCCGGCGGCAGCCUUACAUCAAAAGAACACGAUAUUCCCCGUACGCAUCUGGAUUCAUCGUUCCUUAUGCAGGAAAGCACAAAAAUGAUGAGCCAGGUUUUAUAGAAGUUUUUCAAGAUGAACGAGAUCCUCCACUCCCAUCUGCUUAUAGCGGGCAUAUCUACUCAACUGAUGAAAUGCCAGAUAAUCAUCAAAUAAAUGACAGUUCUGAUGUCCCACAGAAUAUUCCUGCCAGUAUCUCAAGAGGUGCUGCUGCCGUAAAGACAGAAACUGCAACAACAUCGACACAGAUGCCACCGUCCUCGAAAAGAGAUUUCUUAACUACUCCACGUUUGGCUACAUUCAAUGGAGCACGACAAAAGAAGAGCUCAAAAUCUCUAGGAAAUCUGGGUUUAGCAACUCGAUUUAAUCUGGCCGUAGGGGAGAGCGCGGAUAGAUCAGAAUCAUGCGAUAAUGUUGAGAUGCUAUUACCAUCGUAUGAGUCUAUUCAAAGUCGCCCAGAAAUGGCGGCACUGCCUCCAAUCAUGCUUAUCCCAUCAGUUGAUCCAGAAGUUAUUCAUUUGCAAAAAGAGCUAUUGCUGCGACAAUUGCGGUUGCAGAGGAUGCAAGAAAAGGUAUUACAAGCCCAGUUCAACACGCUCCGGCUUCCGAUAGCCAGAUACGAAGAAAUUGACCCGGAUGGUGGGCAGGUCCAAAUUUUAGGAGAAGAAGGUGAUGAGGACUUCGUUGGGGAGAGAGUUGACGAAGAACAACCAAUGAACGUCAUGAACAGCGGAGAUGAAAGUGGCGAUGAUAUCAUGAGGGAAUCGUCAACGUAG